AUGGCGUCGCCGCGGAGCUCCUCCACCUCCGACGACCUCGCCGCCGCGCCGCCGAGGUCCUCGUGGGUCAUCCUCGGCAGCAUCCCGCGCGUCGCCCAGGGCGGCGGCGGCGCCGAGGCCACCGACGUGUCGCUGGCGCUCGCCGCGCCCCCGCGGGUGUCGCGCCUGGCCGUCUCCGAGCGCGUCUUCCCGGACCGCCCCACGCCGCAGAACUUCCCGUUCCUCCUCGCCGCGGACCCCUCGGGCCUGCUCCUCCUCUCGGCCAUCCUCGCCGCCCCGCGCACCCGCGUCGACAUCGACCGCCCGGGCAACCAGUCCUUCGAGUGGCGGGACUACGACUCGCGCUUCUUCGUCCUCGACGCCACAACGGGCUCCGCGUUCCGCCUCCCGGACCCGGAGCCGCAGGAGCCCAUCGAGCACCAGUCGCUCGUCGGGGUCCUCGCCCGCCCCGGCAGCUACAUGGUCGCCGAGCUCCUGCCUCUCAUCGGCACCGACGAGGCAGACCUCCGCUGCUUCUCAUCCGACCUCGGCGAGUGGGUCAACAAGAGCGUGCACUACCCGCUCCCGGCGCGGCCACUGGCGCCGCUCUGCACGAUCUCCCACCAGGGCAAGCUCUGGUGGGCCGACUACUCCUGGGGUAUCAUCAACGCCGACCCCUGCGCCGACAACCCCGUGCUCGGCUUCGUCGAGCUCCCCCGGGCCUGCGUGCUCAAGAGCAGGGAAGGCUGGGGCGUGCUCGACAAGUUCCGCUACGUUGGGGUCAGCGCCGGCAAGCUGCGCUUCGUCGACAUGUACCGCCGCUUAGGCGCCUCCAAGAAGGUCACCGUCUGGACCCUGCCCGACGCCGACGCCACGGAGUGGACGCUGGAGCACAAGGCCAGCUUCGCCGACAUCUGGGCCGACGCCACCUACAAGGCCACCGGCCUCCCCAAGAAGGUCCCCGUUCUCGCUCUCAUCCACCCGCACAACCCCGCCGUCGUCUACUUCUUCCUGAAGGAUCACCUCUUCGCCGUCGACGUGCGUGCAAGCAAGGUUGUCGAGUGCGACCGCUACCAUCUAGUGGCGCCUCCCCGCAACUACGGCAUCGCCAACCGAUUCGUCCGGGCUUGGGAGCUGCCGCCAAUGGUCUUCUCAGAUUCACACUUUACAAGCUAUGAGAUCACUACUGGUUACUUGUAG